AUGUCCUCGUCCGGCCUCACGCGGCGCCGUGGCGCCGCUGGCACAGGUAGCAUCGACAACGAGCCCUCCAGGACCAACUCGGCCACCAAUAUCAAAGACAGCACCCCCGAGACCAGCUACGAGAAGAAUGAGAAUGGGCACAAGAUCGCCUACGACCCGCGAGACAUUAGCGAGAGCGCCGAGCGGAGCAAGCAGCCCAAGUUGACCAUGAUGGAGGAGGUCCUACUUCUCGGUCUCAAGGACAAGCAGGGAUAUCUCUCCUUCUGGAACGACAAUAUUUCGUAUGCCCUCCGAGGCUGCAUCGUCCUUGAGUUGGCAUUCCGAGGCCGCAUCAGCAUGGAGAAGGACCCCUCGAGGCGACGAUUCCCACCGGCGGACCGUAACAUCGAAGUCAUAGACGACACCCUCACCGGCGAGGUCCUGCUCGACGAGGCUCUGAAGAUGAUGAAGCAGAGCGAGAAGAUGAGUGUCAGCUCUUGGAUUGAUCUCAUGAGCGGCGAAACCUGGAACCUCAUGAAGAUUGGGUACCAGCUCAAGCAGGUCCGUGAACGCCUCGCGAAAGGCCUCGUGGACAAGGGCAUCCUCCGGACCGAGAAACGGAAUUUCCUCCUCUUCGACAUGGCAACACACCCGGUCGCCGAUGGAGGCGCGAAGGAGGAGAUUCGUCGUCGUGUGCGAAAUGUCCUGACGCAGCGAACCGUCGUCCUGAACAGCAGCCAGUUCCUCCCCGAGUCCCUCGAGUUCCGCUACCUGCGCACCGUCUCCAUGGUCUGCGCCGCCUAUGCCGCCAACGUGCUGGAGAAUGCCCUUUCCACGCUCGGCCACGAAGCGCGGGAGCGUGCCUUUGCCCAGACGGACGAGCUGCUGGCCGACUAUAGCCAGUGGCCCUUUGGCAAGAAGGCGACAGGCAAUGGCAUCGGUUCCAAUCUGCCGCAAGUUAUCGGAGAGGAGGUUAGCGGGGCCAAAGAAAAAGAGUUGCAGCUCGAGGUUGUCGCGGCCUGCUUGAGCGUCUUCACCCGACUUGACUCCUUGCUAUAA